AUGAGCGACAGUAAGUAAAAGUAAAUAUUUUAUAAAAUAUAUGCUGUUUUUGCCCAUUUUGAUAUUUUCGAAAAUAUCAAAAUUAAGUUUAUUGAUUAUAAUUAUUUUUAUAAUAACGGCAGUUAUUCGUGAAUGCAGUGACCGAAACUACAAAUUACUAUUAGAAUACCUACACUAAUUCGUUAAACGUAUAACAUUUAUUAUUUCACAAAGUAGGUAUUCACUUUUAACGAAAACAAUUGUUUUGAUAAUUUAAAAAACAAGUAACUCUAAAAUAGAGUUAUAGUUUAUAAUAAUUAAAAAUUGUAUACUUUGGAAUCGAAAGUGUUAUUCAAAAUGUUACCGUAGAAAACUCAUAAUAAAGUUGUAAUUGAAUACAAUACAAUAUGUACAUUUUACUUAAAUAAUCAUAGGACGAACUUCUUUGUAGUAACUAGAAAUAAGUAAUUUGUGUUUUAUGAAUAAUAAGUUUGUACAUAAUUAAUUUAAUUUACUUUCCCUUAUUACCUAGUGUACUAAUAAAAUAUAAUUUAAGUAUCUAUUUUGAAAUUUUUUUAUUUUUCAAACAAAUUCAGCGCUAGCUACAAAUUUAGAAGCAUUGAAAUUGGCUAAUCAUGAUUUCUCUUUUUCACUGUAUACAGUAAGUAUUUUUAAUAUUUUUUUUUAUUAAUUUGUUACUGUACUAAGGUAUAUACAUAUUGUGUAUCAAAUUGUAAUUUUGUUAAAAGGAACUGGCCAAUUCAAAUUCAGGAAACAUGUUCUAUUCUCCUUUUAGUAUUCAUGUGAUACUGUUUAUGGCCAGCACUGGAGCAGUUUCAAAAACAUUUGAUGAAAUUAUAGCUGUAUUACAUUUAAACGAAAUUACUUAUUCACCGGAAGUAUACAAAAAUCUAUUAGAAGAUUCAACAGUGAGUAUAAUAUGUAACAAUAAAUUCAUAUGCAUUAUUGGCAAAAGUCAAAAUCGAUACUUGGCAAAAUGUCAUAUUUCGGUUUUUGCCCUGGUAAUCCAAGCAGCGACCAACCUUAUUUGGGCAAAACCAUAGCGUCCAUAAAUUUCAAUUCUUAAUAGCAGGUAGGUAUCAUGUUUUUUUUAAAUUCUGAGUGAAGCGAAGGAGAGCAUGGUUUUACAAAGAUGUUUUAUUAAUUUUUUUUUGUGGACAACUUUUCUACUAGAGAACUUGCUCCAAUUUUUACAUGUAGCACUUUUUCUGAAAGGAAAUCUGUGUGGGAAGGUACUUUAAGGAUGUCAUUUUUUGAUUUUCUCAAUUAGAAUAAUUGGAAUUUCACUAUAAUAUGACAUAUAUAUAUUGUUGAUAAAACAGUACUAUCAACAACUGAACUCCACUCUGAAUCGUUGUUCGUAAAACAAUGGUUUAUCAUUGCUUACAGGUAUAUAUUAAAAUAACUAUAACAGUGGCUGCACCCAUUCCCAUUAUCUUAGGAUGUCUUUCUUUUUUUAAUAAUAAAUUUAAACAAUGAUAACAUGAAUAGAACUCAAUGGAGAAAACAUUUUUGGGAAGGUCAAGGAUGAGGUGGUUAGAUGUGGUUAGGAAUAAUACGGAAGCUAUAGGAUUAGAGCCAAUAGGAAGAUUUUGGCAAUAGAUAGAGAUGACUGAAAAAUUGGUUUUGAGACUGAAUGUUUUUGAUCCAUUUGGGUUCCAUAUUGUGAUCUCAUUUACUAAUUUAUUCUUUGUCUUUCACUCAUAUAUUAUCCAGCUUAUCCUUCGAUCCUUUGUCCCUCAUUGAAAUUAGUGUCAAUAUUUAGAAAGUAAUUAGCAAAGAAUUUGUAAGUUUGGUUUUGUAAAUUAAAUACGCGUACCAUAGUUUGAGAACCGCUGAUCUAUAUAGCUAUUAAACCAUCAGAAAAACGAUCAGCGAUGAAGCUAGACUAAUUGUAUUUAUUUUAUAAAUAAAUAUAUACUUAAAUUAUAUAAUUUUAUAAAGUAUGAUUAAACAAUCAAAUCAUGUUUUUUGUAGGUAUACACAAUUUUUAAGAUUGGAUAAUAGGAAUCCUAUACAAAAUACUGUUUUCAUAAACUCAUUGGAAGUAAUUGUGUGAAUGUUUUUCACAUAAUAUAACUGAUUUGUCUACAGAUAAUUUUUGACACUAUAGCUUUUUCUUAUUCUGAGAAAUGGGCAGUUUCUGUAUCAGUGUCAGCCUGGCAAACUAAAAGUUACUGGAGCGUUUAUUUUAAGAGAUCCUAUAGAUGAAAAAUUCAAAGACUGAAAAAUAAUGUAGUAUUAGAUAGGAUGUCAUGUCAAAAUUUAUUUGAACAAAUUACUCCAUCUAUCUAUGGAAUUUUGAAUAUAGGUUGUCAUUUGAAUUAAAAAGUUGAUCCUCCAAAAGGGUGUCUACAAGUUUCAAACCCACAUAUAAUUUUAUAUUCUCUAUUUUAUAUAUCUAUAGGAAAAAAUUACUGUAACGAAAUUCUAUACACUGUGUAUAUUCAAAAAAGUGAUUUUCAGAGACAUUUCUGACAUUUCAUUUAAUACAUAUUUUGCUAGCAUAAUUAUUAAUAGUAAAUAAUCAUGUAAGCCUGUAAGCCUGGGUAGUAAGUAAUAAAUAUUAUACUUGUGUUUAUCUUUAAAUUAAAAAUAAUUAUAGCUGUGGUUAUGUUAUGUAAUAAAAUCAUCAUAAAAUGUCCCAAACCAAAAAUGCUACAAUAUUUACAAUUAAAUAUUUGCAUUGCCAAUAGUUUGUAUAACUUACAAGAUUUACACAUUUAAAUAUUUUACCAAACUUGCAAACUAAGAUAAUAUCUUAAUCAAUAUAUUAUGUUGUAAACAUAAUAUCUAACUUUGUGCUAAGGUUUUGUUUAUCAUAUUAAAACAUUUACAAGUACAUGCAAAGCAAUCAAUUUUUUAGUUUAAUAAAAGUUUUCUUUUUCUAUUGUACGCAUCUUUUUGAGUAGAAGAAAUAUUAAUGUUUGAUCAGUUUUAGGUUAGAAACCCUGUUUAUAGUUUUAUUUAUUUUUCUGAAUGUAUAAAAUUACAUUCUAUUUGUUCAAAAAUUCAAUAAUGUGAUAAUGAGUAUAUAAAACUAUUAUAUAAAUUAAUGUUGUACCUAUUAUUUAAUAUUAUUUUAGAGUGAAAUUGAUAAUCUAAAGUUGGCAACUGGCAUGUUUGUUGAUACAUCAUUUAAUGUAAAACAAAUUUUUGUGGAGAACUCUGUAAAAUAUAUGAAAUCGUCUGUGGAAAAAUUGGAUUUUGCGAACAAUCCAGAAACACAAUGUCAAUAUUUAAACAGCUGGAUUUUAAAUAAAACAGAUAAUAAAGUUAAGGAUUUAUUUCCUGCAGGUUAUUGAAAUGUUUAAAAAUAAUUUGUGUUGUACCUAAACCAGAGGUUCUCAAACUUUUUUUCCAUGUACCACCUAUGACUGCAAAUUGAACUGCUUAUUAAAAAUGUCUAUUUAUUUAUUUCCAAAUUAUAAGAGUAAAAUACAAUAUUCUUUAAUUUGUAAACAAUAUGCACAUAUAAUAUAAAAUAGUAUUAGAAUUGUUAAAAACAUUUGUACAAAUAUUUAUUCAUUCAUUUUAUGUACUACUACCAUGUGGCCUUUUGUGUACUACCAUGUUGUCUAUCAGAUACCAAAGUUUGAGAACCACUUAUAUAAACUAUUUAUAAGAUGCUAACUAUUGCACAAUGUAUAUUGGUUUCACAGGAUCCAUCAAUCAAUCUACUGCUUUAGUAUUGGCCAACGCUGUGCAUUUCAAAAGUGCCUGGGAAAAUAAAUUUACUUCUACAGAAGAUGAACCUUUUUUUUUGACUCCAAACAAUAAAGUAACUGUUAAAAUGAUGACUUUAAAACAUGGUUUAAAAUAUUAUCAUGAUAAUGAGUUAAAAUUUGGUGCUGUUGAAUUACCUUAUCAAGUAUAUAUUGCGUCAUAUGUAUUUACAUUUGUAAAGUGUUAAUAAUAUUUAGUUAUGAUUGAUUUUAGGGCCAUAAAUUCAAAAUGGUUAUUUUAUUAUCUGAUGCAAAAGAUGGUUUGAAAAAUCUUGAGACCAAUAUUUCAAAAAUUAAAUUGAAUGAUAUGUUAAAAAAAAUGACCAAGUACAGUGUUACUAUCAAACUACCUUGUUUCAGAUUAGAACAAUCUUUUGAAUUGAAUAAAACAUUGUCAAAUGUAAAUAUAUUAACAAAUUUAAAGAUACCAUUUUUGUCAAAUUUUCCUGGAAAAUAGAGAAUAUUGUGUCUGUUAUAUACAGGGUGAUUCAAAAUUUAUGUUACAGUCAUUUUAUCAAGUAGCUAAGUAUAUAGAAUAGAGAAAAAUAUAAAAUACAAAAGUUUUUUGAUUUAUAAACAUAUAAAAUAAUUUGGAGAUUUUUUUUAUAGUCUUAUCUACAGCUUUUGACAUUUUGAAAUUUAAAUAGGAACCUUUAUUGAAAAUUCCAUACACAGAUGGAGUAUUAGGUUUUGGUUAUUUUUAGCGGCUUUUUCUGGACCAAAAGAGUUUGGAAAAAGAUUUUUUUUAGAAUUAAAAAGAUAAUUGGUGUUGAAUUUCAAUAUGAAUUUCACCAUGUCGCUUUAGAAGAAGGGUGUUUUUAGCUUAGUAUAAUUAUACAGAUCCUUUAAAUGAAGUCAGGGGAAUAAAAUUUUGUAUAUGUUUGGUGUAAGUACGAAUAAUGUGUUUUUUGGUGGUUAUAUAUUUCAACUUCUUCCCUAAAUAUUUUUAUGCUCAGAUUUAAUGUUUUCACAGAAAAUUGCAAGUUUUGAAUGCCCUUAAUGGCUCAUGAAAGUAAAUAACUUGGUUAGAAUGUGUGUAUAUAAAUAGAAUUGUCAAGAAUGUGUCCUUAGAAGGUUUGAACUUUUGUUCAAUUUCUUAUUAUUACUUAAAGGUAUUAGGAAGGUUAUAGGAUAAUUUUAUUCCCUGUAAAAUUGAUGGAGUUUUAGUUCAUGAAGUUGGGGUGGGGGUAAGAUAGAUGUGGUUAAUGGGUGUCAAGUAAAUGAAAAUCAAAUAAAAACAAAUUCAGAUACUUAUUUAGAUGAAUGAAAUAAAAAAAAUAAAACAUGAAAUAUUGUUAUGAUAACUAGUCAACUGGAAGAAAAUUUGACUCUAGUAAUAGAGCUCAGCUGCUUAUAUUUAUAUUAAUUUAAAUUGUUAUAUGUUUAUAGCUUGGAUGUCCAUCAAUGUUUACAUCAGCAGCAAACUUUUGUAACAUUGCUAAUGGUGGUGAAUUGUAUGUGAGUAAUGUUGUUCAUAAAGCAUUUGUUGAUGUUGAUGAAAAAGGAACAGAGGCUGCUGCAGCUACAGGUAACAAAAUAUCCAUAUGUAAUUUAUUGAGAUUUUGGUUAGGUAUAAUUCUUAAGGAAUGGUAAAAAAAAAAAGAAACUAAAAAAAUACAAUUUAUAUUUUUAACAGUUUUUAUAUUUGGGAAAAACUGGAAAAAAAAAAAAAAUGUAAAAUAAAAAUGAAUUCUUUUUUUUCGGUAAGGUUUUUCUACUAGAAAUAUUGUAUUGAAAAUUUGAGUGUAGCAUGUUUUCCGAAGGAAAAUUUUGUAAGGUUGGUGUGCAAGAAAGUCGUUUUUUCAGUGUCAUUUUUAAAUAAUUAGGCAGAACCAAGAAAAACUUAGCAAAUAAGAUUUCAAUAUUUUAAAUUUUAUUUAUUUGUUGUAAUUGGGUUAAAAAUAUUCAUAGUGACCUGACAUGUGUUUACAGAAUACUAAUAUUGGACUUUUUUAGAUGCAGUAAAAUUUUUAGUGGCACAAUCUCCCCCGUAUCAACUUUUUUUAUUUUGUCUGUAUGCAAACAUAUUUUCCACCAAAAAUCUUGCUCCAAUAUUUUGAGAUAUCUAUAAACUUUUUAUUUUAUAGGAACUUUUUUGUUGCAUUUUGAAUCUGCAUGCAUUGGCGAGGAACAAAAAACAGAAACAUAUUAUAUGCAAUGAUAGUUGAGUUCUAUUAUUUGAAUUCUUCCCAUGAUUAUACCCCUGUCCAACGCUUUUUAUCCACGGAUAGUCUCUCUGACCGUUGGCACUCUGCAUGCAUCUCUUUUCUAUCCAACCUUUUUUCUCUAAAAUUAAUUGCCCCGAGCUUUUAUCCCGCAUCACCUUUAAUGUUCCCUGCCGUCGUACACGUUCAUCAAUCCUAUAUCAUAUCUCUUUAUCUUCAUCUAAUUACGUUCUUUACUCUACAAUUAUCCAUCUUAUGCGCACCGCUAAUACCGACCCUUCUUUUGAUUUAACUUUUUAAUUAAUUUUCAUUACAUUUUCUUAAUCUAUAUAUAUAUAUAUUUAUUAUAUAAUAUUCUAUUGCAUAAAUAUUAAGCAUGUACUUUGUAAUCUGGGCUAGUAAUAAUAAAAUAAAAAUCGAACAAGUAAUUUAUCCUUACUUUCCAUGGAGUAUGAAGCAGCACAACUUCUUGAUACGAACGAUCUUAUCAACAAGUUUUCCAAGGUUUUAACUUGCAGAGAUUCUCAACUUUAAUUUUGUAAUUUUAUUUUGUAUAUAAUUAUUAAUUUUGUUUUAUUUGUAAAAAUGGUGUAAUUUUUGUUUUUAAUAAGAAGAUUUGUUAUUGUAAAAUUAUUAUAGGUUGAUUAUUAUUCAUUGCGAGUGGUUUUGUAAAUUCGGGGUAAGUAUGUUACUGAUACAUUUUAUACGAGGCCUUUCUUAUGGAUUUGCCGAUUUUAUUUAAAUCCUUAAAUCCGUCACUGGUUGUAAACUAUCUAUGUCUAUCUUUUUUUUGAAUUGAAAAACUAGUAAAGAUCUCUGGAUCUAGCAGGUUUCAUAAUAAUCGAGAAAAACCAAAAAUGACGUAAAAUAAAAACACGUAGCGAUAAUAUUGCAUAAAUUAAUAAUUUUACGAGCUGGUUCUACAAUCGUCACCACGACCUUGCAACACCUAUAGCAGUGGCACACUUGUCCUCAGUAUCAGUUCUUUUUUUUUCCCAACCUUUGUUCUAAAUGUAAUUAUAGUUUUUUAUCAACUAUUUCUUCGUGAUUUAAAAUAAAUUAUAAGCUAUGAAUCUUUUUAUCUUUACAUGCCUACUUCGUUCGGCGUGUAUUCACAUUAUAUUGUAAAUGAAAAAUCAUUUAACUAUUAUCAGGUAUGUCAAUUAAAAAGAAGAAAUAUUCAAUGGUAAAUAGACAUGAAGAUUUUGUAGUUGAUCAUCCGUUUAUAUUUAAUAUUAUGACUAAAAAUAAUACAAUUAUUUUUAUGGGUCGAAUGGCCAUAAUUGAUUGA